GUAAUAUAAAUCAUUUAAGUUAUUAUUUUUAAUUGAAAAUAAUUAUUCUGAAAAUUAAUUAUUCCAAUAAUUUCAAUAAAACGUAAGUUAAAAAAUCAAAACCCUAAAUUGUUCAACCAAACCCAAAUUCAUCUAUCUGAAAACCCACCCACUUCAUCUCCUACCUCUCUCUCGAACCCUACUCAAACACUCAAACACUCAAACACUCAAACACUCUGAACACUCAAACACUCAAACACUCAAAACCUACGGCAGUGGCAGAGAUGACACAAAGCGACCACGCAGGGACCGGUUCACACAGUGGCGACAUUCCACCCAUUCCUCUUUCAUCGAAGAACAAAGAAGAUGUCAGAUUUUGUUCGAGACCAGUUCAGAGUCAAACCAUUAAGCUUAGAAUUCAUCAUAUGGGAGAGUUAGUAGAUCAUCCUGUUAAAUGGUAUGUUAAUGGAUUAGUGUCUGAGAUGGAUUGGCUGUGGGAUACAGAUUACAUGUCAUAUAUGCAGUUUGAAAAAUUGAUCAGAAAAGAGGGAUAUAGGAAUAUCAAAUGCAUGUGGUAUUGGAACCCUAAGUAUAGGUUUAGUCGUGGUCUGAAACCCCUUAACUGUGAUGGUGAUGUUCUUAUGUUGAUUGAGGACUUAAAAGGAUUUGACUUGGUGGAUAUUUAUGUUGAGCAUACAGUAGAAGUGUUAGGGGAUGAAGACAUAGUAGAUCAUUAUGAUGAGGAUGGUGGCCCAAAUUGUGCUGAGGAUGAAGUUGAUAGUGAUGUUGAAGUUGUAGGGGAUGCUGAUAUGCCUAAGAAUGUAGAUGCAAGUGACAAUGAAAUGGAUGUGAAUGAAGCUAACAGAGGAGAUGUGGAUACUGAACAUGUUGAGACUGAACAUGUUGAUGUUGGAAUAGAAGAUGAUGAAGAAGAUGAAGACUAUGUGGCUGAUACUGAGAUAGGUAGUUUAUCUGAUGAGGACUUAGAAUGCAGUGAUGACUAUGUGGAACAAAGUGAGGAUUUGGAUUGGACAUCAGUGAUGCAAUGUGAUGAGGAUCAUGAUAAGUCUAGAAAAAGUGAUGAGGAUGAUGAUUCUGAUGUGCUGCAUACACCUGAUGGUAGUGGUAAUGAUGAGGAACAUGAAAAGUUUCCUUCUUAUAAAAGAGGUGAGUCAUCAAAGUUUGAGCUUGGUAUGGUCUUCAGUAACAAAGAAAUGGUGAAGGAUGUUGUCAAAGACUAUGGUAUGGAGAACAACAAAAAUGUUGUCAUAAAGAAGAAUGAGGCAAAGAGAAUGGUGAUUAAAUGCAUGGAAGGAUGCAAUUUUCACAUGAGAGUUAGUAAGAGGGUGGGGAAUCAGUAUUGGCAAGUGGUGAGUUUAAUAGAUGAACAUAAUUGUGCUAGGACUCCUUAUAAUAGACAAGCAAAGACUAACUGGUUGGCUAAGAAGUUUGGCCACAUUCUGAGGCACAACCCUGACAUGAAACCAGCAGGAUUGGUUGCCCAAGCUCUUGAUAGAUGGGGAGUAAAGUUAUCACAUGACCAGGCUUAUAGGGCUAAAAGGAGGGCCAUGGAUAUGUUGCAAGGGGCUGGUAUGGAACAAUUUCAACAUUUGAGGAGGUAUGCCCAAGAAUUGUUGACAUCCAACCCUAACAGUACUGUUGUGAUUAGGUGUGCAGACUCACAUGAAGGCCCUGUCUUUGAAAGAAUCUAUGUAUGUCUAGAGGCUUGCAAGUAUGGCUUUGCAAAAUUCUGCAGGCCAUUAAUAGGGUUGGAUGCUUGUUUUUUGAAAGGUGAUUUUGGAGGGCAGUUGAUGGCAGCAGUUGGUAGAGAUGGAAAUAAUAAGAUUAUGCCCAUUGCAUAUGCUGUGGUGGAGGCUGAGACAAGAGAUUCUUGGGAUUGGUUCAUCAAACUUCUAUUGGAAGACUUGGAAGCUAUAAACCAAAGAGCCUAUGCUUUUAUCUCAGACCAACAAAAGGUACAUUCAAACUUGUAAUUAGUUAUCAUUUUUUAAACCAAUGAGAUUACUUAUCAUUCAAACUUGUUUUCUUUAUAUGGCAAGGAUUAAUACCAGCAAUUCAAAGUGUGAGUGCUCAUGUUGAGCAACGCAUAUGUGUGAAGCAUCUAUAUGGGAAUUGGAAGAAGAAGAAUCCUGGUCUUGAAUUCAAAGAGGUUAUGUGGAGUGCAGCAAAAGCUACAACUGUUCCAUCAUGGGAAAGGGCAAUGUUAAAGAUGAAAGGCAUGAAAGAAUCUGCUUGGAAGGAGAUGGUGGAUGUCCCUGCAACUUAUUGGAGUCGGUCUCACUUCAAUACCUAUUCCAAAUGUGACCUCCAGGUAAACAACAUGUGUGAAGCUUUUAAUAGGGCUAUUCUAGAAUAUAGGGAUAAGCCAAUUAUCACUCUAUUAGAAGGGAUUAAGCAUUACCUUACUAAGAGGAUAACUAAGAUGCAAGAGUUAAUGAAUACCUAUAGUGGUGAUAUAUGUCCUAGAAUACAAAUGGUGCUAGAAAAAAACAAGAGAAAUGCAACACAUUGGACUCCCACAUGGCAUGGUGAUGAUGACAUGGCCAUAUAUGGUGUCACUAAUGGAGUUGACACAUAUGUUGUUAACCUCAAGCAAGAGACUUGUGCAUGUAGGAAGUGGGAUUUAACUGGCAUCCCUUGUAGCCAUUCUAUCACAUGUAUCUGGCAAAACAAGAAAAAACCUGAAGACUAUGUAUCUGAAUACUACAGGAAGGAUACUUUCAAGAACAUCUACUCACACAUUAUUUACCCCACUAAUGGUCCACAAUUGUGGCCUUUGGAUAACCAAUCCACCAUGAAUCCACCAAUUAUGAGAAGGGCCAUAGGUCGUCCCAAGAAAAUGAGGAACAAAGCUAAUGAUGAGCCAAGACUAAAGCAUGUACUGCCUAGGAAACUUGCAACAGUAACUUGUCAUAAAUGUGGAGGAAUGGGACAUAACAAGAGAAGCUGCAAAGGCAAGACAGCUGCUGAUAGGGCCAUCCCAAAAGGGGGAAACAAGAAGAUUGCUGGUGGACAGAAGAAGAAAAAAAAGGCAAAUGAAGAGGAGAUUGGAAACUCAUCCCAAGCACCAAUGGCUACACAACCAUCUCAGCCUGAGCAGUAGUGUCUAGAAUUUUGGAUAAUUAGUGUUUUGGAUAAUUAGUAUUUUGGAUAAGUUGUAUUUUGGUACUUGUAUUUUGGAUAACCUAGUU